UGUGGUAAAGAGGCAGGAGAGAUAGGAGGAGGAGAUAAGAUUAUACAGUCUUAAUUAAGAGGCUGCUGAGCCAUCUCUUGUAGUUGCGACGGAAUAAAAUGGCAACAGCAUCCGCAACUCUCCUCAAGUCUUCCCCUGUCCUUGACAAGUCUGAGUGGGUAAAAGGCCAAUCCAUUCGCCAGCCUUCAGUUUCUGCCGUAAGGGGCCACCCCACCGCUGCCCCCUCUGCCCUCACCAUCCGUGCUAGCUCCUAUGCUGAUGAGCUUGUCAAGACCGCGAAAACUGUUGCAUCACCAGGGCGUGGGAUUUUGGCCAUGGAUGAAUCCAAUGCUACAUGCGGGAAGCGUCUUGCUUCCAUUGGGCUAGAGAACACUGAGGCUAACCGCCAGGCAUACCGUACCCUGCUUGUGAGCGCUCCUGGACUCGGCCAGUACAUCUCUGGUUCCAUCCUCUUUGAGGAGACUCUUUACCAAUCCACCACCGAUGGCAAGAAAAUGGUCGAUGUUCUUGUUGAGCAAAACAUUGUUCCUGGUAUCAAAGUCGACAAGGGUUUGGUGCCUCUUCCUGGCUCCAACCAAGAGUCAUGGUGCCAAGGUCUUGAUGGCCUUGCUUCCCGCUCUGCUGCCUACUACCAACAGGGUGCUCGUUUUGCCAAAUGGCGUACUGUUGUGAGCAUUCCCAAUGGCCCAUCUGCCUUGGCAGUGAAGGAAGCAGCUUGGGGACUCGCCCGCUAUGCUGCUAUUACUCAAGACAAUGGGUUGGUCCCAAUUGUGGAGCCAGAGAUCUUGCUUGAUGGUGAACAUGGAAUUGAUAGGACUUUUGAGGUCGCCCAGAAGGUUUGGGCUGAGGUUUUCUACUACCUUGCUGAGAACAAUGUCAUGUUUGAGGGUAUCCUCCUCAAGCCUAGCAUGGUUACCCCUGGAGCAGAGUGCAAGGAGAAGGCCACUCCUCAACAGGUUGCUGAAUACACUCUCAAGCUCCUUCACAGGAGAAUCCCUCCAGCUGUCCCUGGAAUCAUGUUCUUGUCUGGUGGGCAAUCCGAGGUUGAAGCAACCCUUAACUUGAACGCAAUGAACCAAUCCCCCAACCCAUGGCACGUGUCUUUCUCCUAUGCCAGAGCUCUCCAAAACACUUGCUUGAAGACAUGGGGAGGCAGACCUGAGAAUGUUAAGGCUGCUCAGGAGACACUGCUUGUUCGUGCCAAGGCCAACUCACUUGCUCAGCUUGGCAAAUACACUGGCGAGGGAGAGUCAGAGGAGGCAAAGAAAGGAAUGUUUGUCAAGGGCUACGUCUACUAAGCUGUUGCUUGAAAAGCUAUAUAGACAAGAUGAUGGAGAGAUUGACAACUAGUUUGUUCUCUCAAUGUGUUAAUGAUUUAUAUAGCCUUGGAGACUAUUUUUGUUUAUGAUUACAUGUACUUUUUUGCCACUUAAUAUUUAGCUGUUAAAACUUUAAAAAAUAACUAUUGUAUUGAAUCAAAAAAUCACCAUUUUCAGCAACAUUCAAGGGGUUAAGAGGGCAUCGUC